CUCUCGGCGGCGGCGGCCCAGGCGGAGGAGUCCGCGGUGGCGGCGGCGGCGGCGGCGGCGCUGUUCCCCGCGCGGUCCGCGGAGCGGGGUCCGGGCUUCGCGACGUCGGGCGGCGGCGGCACUGCGGCCCCGACCCGAGCCCGACCCCGGGGCCCGUCCCUGGCCGCCCCCCGCCCGGCCGCCCGCCCUCGGGGCCGCCCCCCGGCCCGCUGUCCCCUCCCCCGCUGGCGGGGCCCGGACGGAAGAUGGUGCAGAAGAAAACAGCCGAACUUCAGGGCUUCCACCGUUCGUUCAAGGGGCAGAACCCUUUCGAGCUGGCCUUCUCCCUAGACCAGGCCCACCACGGGGACUCUGAGGACCCAGACUUCAGCCUGCAGCGCGGGGCCCGCCCUGACAUGCCCACCAGUCAGCCCAUCGACAUCCCGGACGCCAAGAAGAGGAGCAAGAAGAAGAAGCGCAGCCGAGCCACCGACAGCUUCUCGGGCAGGUUCGAAGACGUCUACCAGCUGCAGGAGGACGUGCUCGGGGAAGGCGCCCACGCCCGCGUGCAGACCUGUGUCAACCUCAUCACUAACCAGGAGUACGCCGUCAAGAUCAUUGAGAAGCAACCGGGCCACAUUCGGAGCAGGGUUUUCCGGGAGGUGGAGAUGCUGUAUCAGUGCCAGGGACACAGGAACGUCCUAGAACUGAUUGAAUUCUUCGAGGAGGAGGACCGCUUCUACCUGGUGUUUGAGAAGAUGCGGGGUGGUUCCAUUCUGAGUCACAUCCACAAGCGGCGGCACUUUAACGAGCUGGAGGCCAGCGUGGUGGUGCAGGACGUGGCCAGUGCCCUGGACUUCCUGCACAACAAAGGCAUUGCCCACAGGGAUCUGAAGCCAGAAAACAUCCUCUGCGAGCACCCCAACCAGGUGUCCCCCGUGAAGAUCUGCGACUUCGACCUGGGCAGUGGCAUCAAGCUCAACGGAGACUGCUCCCCCAUCUCCACCCCAGAGCUGCUCACCCCGUGCGGCUCGGCAGAGUACAUGGCUCCUGAGGUGGUGGAGGCCUUCAGUGAGGAGGCCAGCAUCUACGACAAGCGCUGCGACCUGUGGAGCCUGGGUGUCAUCCUGUACAUCCUGCUCAGCGGCUACCCGCCCUUCGUGGGCCACUGCGGCAGCGACUGCGGCUGGGACCGUGGCGAGGCCUGCCCGGCCUGCCAGAACAUGCUAUUUGAGAGCAUUCAGGAGGGCAAGUACGAGUUCCCCGACAAGGACUGGGCCCACAUCUCCCUCUCCGCCAAAGACCUCAUCUCCAAGCUGCUCGUCCGCGACGCCAAGCAGCGGCUGAGCGCCGCCCAAGUCCUGCAGCACCCCUGGGUGCAGGGGUGCGCCCCAGAGAACACCCUGCCCACGCCCAUGGUCCUGCAGAGGAACAGCUGUGCCAAAGACCUCACGUCCUUUGCGGCCGAGGCCAUCGCCAUGAACCGGCAGCUGGCCCAGCGCGAAGAGGACUUGGCGGAGGAGGAGGCCGCGGGGCAGGGCCAGCCCGUCCUUGUCCGAGCUACCUCACGCUGCCUGCAGCUGUCCCCGCCCUCCGAGUCCAAGCUGGCCCAGCGGCGGCAGAGAGCCAGCCUGUCCGCGGCCCCCGUGGUCCUCGUGGGAGACCGCGCCUGAUGCCCUCCCGCCUUCCCUCUGUACAUAGGUGCCCCCCAGGUCUAAACUUUUUUUUAAGCUAUGGCGAGUCCGCGUUCCGCGGGCCGCCCCCUCUGGCUGCAUUCCCUGGCGUUAAGCUCAGCGGAGGGGCUGGUUUUUUAUAGAAGGUUUUUGCUUUGGGGUUUUUUUCCUGUUCCCCCUCCUCAUUUCUUUUGUUUUUUCCUUCUGAUGGGGUGGAGAGUGGAGGGUGCUGUGGCUGGGUUUCUCCUGUCCCCAAGCUCGCCUGGACUGCCAAGGUCACUGCAGCCCGCCACCACCUCCUUGCCCCAGUCGCCUGCACGGUGACUUGGGAGCCUGCGUUCCGCUGGCUGCCAUCUCCCAGGGCUGGGGGCACAGGACGUCCCCUCCCUGUGUCUGCCUCCCCAGCCCUCAGGACUUUCAGGGACGGCCCCCUCUCCUCGUGUCACAGGAACAGCAGCUCCUGAAUUCCUCACUCCAGACACCCUGGUGGCUUGAUGGGCAGGGGGCACCCUGUCUCCAGAGGGGGGGCCUGGGUGCAGGUAUGUAGGGGAGAGGGCAGCCCACCCUCCGACCCCCCCCCAGACCCUCCUGCGAGCGCCCUGUCCCCAUGAGAGUUGAUAGUUGGGGCUUCUUCCGAGUCCAGCUGUCUAGGCCCCUGAUGGUGGGACUCCACCUCUGACCUUGACCUUAAACUGCAGCUGAUGUUGGGGACACACCCACUGCCUCCUCCCCACCCCACCAGGGACUGAAGCAGCAGGAGCCAGGGGCAUCUGCCAGCCCACGGCGGGUGGGAGGGGCUGGACAGGCGGCCGUCAGCCAACCUGGGGGUCCCCAACACCCCCUCGGGGCACCUGAGUGCCCCUUCUCAGGGCUAAGUCUGACUACGGCCACGUCCUGCCCUGCCCCCACUGGGGUCUGGCAUGGAAGCUGUUGGCCCCCUCCCCCUCUCCAUGGCUGGGGCCAGACCAGGGGGUCCGCUGACUCCCCCACCUGCGAGGGCAGCGUUUUUGUUCUGCCCACCUUCAGGAAAACGGCCGCCGCUUCCACGGCCCUGGCCCCGGCCUCUCUUCGGGCACCCAGGAAUGGCGGGGAAGGGUCUGCUUGGUCCCCCACCCCGCUCGGUGGUGAAGUACUAUGCAAUACGAGUUCCCAUUUUUCUACGUGCACAUGUGCUCUGCUGGUCGGGGCGGCAGCUGGGGUGUCGCUUCCUGGCCAGCCCAGCCCGGGGUGCGCUCAGGUGUCUGCCAGGGCAGCCCCUCCGGCCUCUAGACCGCGGUCGGGGAUUUUCGUCAUGUUUAGUUAGUUUUUUAAAGAAAACAUCAGUUGACUUCGCUUCCCUGUUCUUGAAGAAUACUUGAAUGUCGGAGGGGCCUCUGGGUGGGGGCUCGGACACCGUCUGCCCAGUCCCCCUUCCCCCUCCCAAGUCUCCUACGAUUGUCACAGUCUGGUGGCCGGUGGGGGUGGUGCACCCUCCCCGGUCCCCCGCCCGCCUGUAUCUGUGGACUGGCCUUUCCAAAGACCCCUCGUGGGGUGGGGGGGCCUCCUGCCCCCACAUCAUCUCUCACCCAGCAGCGAUUCCACGUUUUGCAACUGGGGAUUUUCUGCCUUUUUGUAUAAAAGAACAAACGCUGCAGGUGCCAGCAGCCAUCUUACCUGGAAAGCUUGGUGGCUGCAGCUUCUGUUUUUCCGAAGGUGGGACAGUCACUUCCUCUCUCCCCCCACCCUGUCUCCUGGUGGCCUGGAGGACUGGUAACCGUUAACUGUGAAUGAGCGGAAGAUCUGGAGCGGCCUGGGCGCUGGGGGAAUGGCCGUACAUCACUGUCAAGAUGUUCAAACAAACAAAAAAAAAACCUCAGAAAUUUUUUAAAGUGGGGGAAAAACAUCCAAGCACUUUAAUUCCAUUGUACCAGGUGAACUGAUCGAGCUCAAAGUUUUCCUUUCCACCAACUGUCAAAAGCCGGAAUUUUGUAUUCUGUUUUGUAAGGAUUUAAUAAAAGUCAUAAAAAGCGGU